AUUGGAAAUCAUAUACAAAAGCUUAGGUGAUCACAAAGACAUGUGUGAAUUUCUCAACAAAGCUAUUCUGGAUAAUAACGUCAGCAAUGCAAAAGAAGGCGGAUUUAUUGAUCCGAAUUAUAAUGCAGAAUUAUCUGAGCUGUCUUAUAUAUUAAAUAACAGUAAUAAGUUGAUAACUAAGCUACGCAGUUCCUAUCGCGAUCUUACUGGCAUUGCAACGCUUAAAAUACUGCAUAACAAUAUACUUGGCUACUACAUCGAAGUUUCAUCGAAUCAUAAGAUAACUUCAGAUAUCUUUAUUCACAGACAAGGCUUAGCAAACAGUUCUCGUUACACUACCAACGAAUUAAAAGAGUUAGAAAAUAAAAUCCUUACUGCACGUGAUGCUGCAAUUAAUUUGGAAAUUAAAAUUUUUGGUGCACUAUGUAGUAAAAUUGCUGAAGAAUCUGAAAAAAUUGCCCUUGCUGCAAAUGCCUUAGCAAAACUUGAUAUCAGAACUGCAUUUGCAGAACUUGCUGUGAGAAAUAAAUAUGUGAGACCAGUUAUUGAUGACAGCAAGGAAUUUAAUAUCCUAGGUGGUAGGCAUCCUGUAAUUGAAGUAAAUAAUAAAUUUAUUCCAAAUAGUAUUGACUUGGCUGGUAUACAUUUAAUUACAGGACCUAAUAUGGCUGGAAAAAGCACCUUUUUAAGACAGAAUGCUUUGAUUGCAAUUCUAGCCCAUAUGGGAUCAUUUGUACCUGCAGAGAGUGCACAUAUUGGAGUAAUUGACAAAAUAUUCAGUAGAGUUGGUGCAACAGAUAACAUAGCAGCAGGUUAUUCUACUUUUAUGGUAGAGAUGAUUGAAACAGCAAUAAUAGUAAAUCAGGCCACAGACCGUUCUUUAGUGAUUCUCGAUGAAAUUGGUAGAGGUACAGGGGUAUAUGAUGGAUUGUCAAUUGCUCAAGCAGUAAUAGAACAUAUUCACAACGUAAAUAAGUGUCGAGCUAUUUUUGCAACUCAUUACCAUGAGCUUACUAAAGUGAGUAAUUAUUUAGAUCGUAUAAAGUGUUUUUGUGUAAAAAUAAAAGAGUGGGAUGGAAAGGUUAUAUUUUUGCAUGAAGUAAUUGAAGGAAUCGCCGAUGAAUCGUACGGAAUACAUGUGGCAAAGCUCGCCGGCUUUCCUGAAUCAAUUUUAAUCAGGGCGAGUGAGGUGUUUCAGGACUUAGCCAAAUGAUUUAGUUAUAUUUUUUUGAAACUGUCGUUCUUCCGGCUUUUGUGAGUUUAGCUAUACAUCAACUGAUGAUUCG